AAAAAAUAAAAUUGUGUAGAGAUGCCGUACCAAUUCCGUACGACAAAGAUGCCUCUUCUGCACAUAAAGAUAAUAUAGAAAUAAGAGAGGUACAAAGGGACGUUGCAGAAUUAUCUUUACCCAAUCACCAAAAUAUUAUAUUAGAAAAAGAAGAACUUCAACAGUCUGCAGUACGAACAUAUGGAUCUGGAACUGUACUUUUCGACAUUACUGCAGAAGAGGAAGAUGUCAUGGAAUGGAUGCAUUUGGAACCAGAACCACACACACGUGAGAAUGUGAAACGUUUAUGUAAUCAAGAUUCAGUGGAACAUUUGUUUUCAAAACUUCGACAAUGCGGAAGAUUUAAUCCUAAUCCAACCGCAAGAAUGGUACGACUGUCUGUUAUUCUUUCUACGGGUUACAUUCUGGCAAGCGAUAAGGGCAACGUUCAAUGUUCUGAAAGAUAUGUAGCACGACGAUGUAUUGAAAAAAAUGAUUGUAACUAUUGUCGUCAAAUAAUGUUAAAAACACUAAUGGAAGACAUAACAGCUAAUGAAAAAUAUAUCGAAUAUCGGGAAUAUCCUAAUGCAGGCGAAGAUGCGCCGAUGUCACGAAAUUAG